GGUACCAGGCACUCCAAUCCUGCAGCCUCGCUCCUGCCUGCGGUCACAUCUUGUUGCCAGAUCUUCCCUGACGCGGUGACACGGUGUUUCUGUGUUUCCAUGCACGCUCUGCGUCAUUUUCCUUCGUUUUAAUCAAGUUUAUUUUUGCAGAACAGCUCACCGAGGCGCAGCUCCGCAUUUUGUGUCCUCGCCUCGCAGCGCAUUGGGAGUCGCUUUGGAUGUUUGGCUGCGGACGGUGAGAGAAAACCCUGAUCCAUCUUAAGACCUCUCAGCUUUAACAUUCUGAUUUAGACUCGGUUAUAUAACCAGGUGUAUACCGGUGUGUUGUACGCCUGUCUUUCUGGUUCGUUCAUUCCUCAUCCUUUUUAUUCUGCUGUCGCAAGACUAUUCCCGUCCGUGUUCAUGCCAGAUCUGCAGCGCUUUAGUUUCCCUUACCAUAGCAUGAAUCCUUUGUUGGAGGCGAAUACGCAUCUCCAUCACCAGAGUGCAGCCCCCUCUCACCCGGACUCCCCCUCAGGCCUCCUGCCCGACACCCUGCUCGGUGGACCGGACGCGGCGUCCUUUCUGCUGGGGGAUCAUCCGGGGCCUGAUCAUCUGGGGCCUGACUUCACCGCACCCUCCUCUUACCUCCAUCACAACAGCCUGUACCAUCACCGCGCGGCACCGCACCCCCCCGCCGCCAUGGCGCUCAGAAACGACCUGGGCUCCAACAUCAGCGUCCUGAAGACCCUCAACCUGAGGUUCAGGUGCUUCCUGGCCAAAGUGCACGAGUUGGAGCGCAGGAAUAAGAUUUUAGAGAAGCAGCUGCAACAAGCACAUGAUGCCAACAAGGGCUGUCAGGGGGGGUGCUGUGACAGCAGGGGGUCUUCUCAGGAGGCGGGGGUGCAGACUGGGUUUGUGGGCUCCAUCCCUCUGAGGCCCGGCUCUCUCCCCUUCCACAACACCAACAACUCAGCCAGGAGGCCUACAACGCUGUUCACACCUACACACAACACCCCCCUGCCAUCUGAGAGCUUCACCUCCACCCAGAGUAAUUACACUUCCUGUAACCCGGCCAUCACCAUCAGCCAGGCCUCGCCCUGUGUGGACUCUCCUGGAUCCGGCUCUAAAAGUUUCUCCAGCACCGGCUCCGGUCCGGGGAGCUCCACCAACCCUCCUCCCCGCUUCCUGCCUGGCACCAUCUGGUCCUACAACCACACCCGUAAGAUGGGCCCCUCUGCAGGCCUGAGCAGCCCCGGGGUGUCCUGGGAGCAGCCGGAUGGAGUCGGGGUCCAGAUCGACACCAUCACCCCUGAGAUCAGAGCCCUGUACAAUGUGCUGGCCAAGGUGAAGAGGGAGAGAGACGAGUAUAAACGCAGAUGGGAAGAGGAAUACACCAUGAGGGUGGACAUGGAGCAGAAAAUGACUGACCUGCAAGAGGACCUGCAGGAGAGCGAGGGCUGUCAGGACGAGCUGGCUGUCAGAGUCCAGCAGCUGAAGGCAGAGCUGGUGCUCUUCAAAGGCCUCAUGAGCAAUGUGAGCACCAACCUGUCAGACUUGGACAGUAAGAUCCAGGAGAAAGCCAUGAAGGUGGACAUGGACAUCUGCCGCCGGAUCGACAUCACCGCGCGCCUCUGUGACGUGGCUCAGCAGAGGAACUGUGAGGACGUCAUCCAGAUGUACCAGGUUCCUAACAACCAAUCAUCCCUGAACUGUCGCCGCAAACAGACUCCUCUGUCCUUCAACGGCAGCGAGUGUGACGAGUCCGUCAGCACCUCGGAGAGCGAGGGGGGGGGUGGCUCCUCGGCCAAUCAGAUCAACGAGGAGAUGCAGAGGAUGCUGAACCAACUGCGUGAGUGUGAGUUUGAGGAUGAUUGCGACAGUCUGGCCUGGGAGGAGACUGAAGAGACCCUGCUGCUUUGGGAGGACUUCCCAGGUGGCACUCUGCCUCCUGACCCCAGCCACCCACCAGGAGAGCAGGAGGACUGUCUGGAGAAGGUGAUCAAUGACACAGAAUGUCUCUUCCAGUCCAGAGAGAAGGAAUACCAGGAGACCAUCGACCAGAUUGAGCUGGAGCUGGCCACAGCGAAGAGCGACAUGAACCGACACCUGCACGAGUACAUGGAGAUGUGCUCCAUGAAGAGAGGCCUGGACGUCCAGAUGGAGACCUGCAGGAGACUCAUCACUCACAGCGGAGACGAAGACAGUGACCCUGCAGCUCCUGCCUCCGCUGAGCGAGGCGAGCAGAGAGAAAGCAACAGAUCUUCAUCGUCUCCACCCUCUUCCUCGAACUCUGGCAGAUCCUGACCCCUCCUCACAGUGACGGCAGUGAGGGGGGCUCCACCACAUCCAGCUACAGUACCACACCAACGCAACACACACUCCUGUAACAAAGGCAACACCAUGUUUACAGACGAGCCGCUUCAUUUACGCAGUCGUGCUGGAAAUCCUUCCUGCAAACGACAAGAUGUCAAAGCCCUGCGGAGAGGAGAGGUCUUGUUAUCCAGAGUUGGAUAGCGGUAGAUACAUGUGUGAAUUGGGAAAUCUAUAAUUGGAUUUUCUUGUGAAAAUACUUACGUUUGAAGUAGUUUAUUGUAAGUAAACAGGCUAAAUGCAGUGCAGAGAUGUAGGCUGCAGGAAAGCAUAGCAUGAUGUAUUCACUCCACAAAAAAUAAUAGUUAAACUACUGGGCAUCUGAAAAUAAUCAAGCAAAACUUGCUGCAAGGUCACUAAGAAUCCACUCCACACAAAUGUACAUGCCUGUAAUUUACCUUCUAUCACGAAACAAACAAAAAACUAUGAUAGGGAUAGUUUAAGUACUGCAACAACGGCUAUCCUGGAGUGUAUGUCUGAGUGUUAUCCGUCAGUUUGAUAAUAUAAUGAUAAGCUUAGGACUUUAAGGUGUAAAAAUAUGUCAUGAUUCAGCAUUUUACUGCCUAACAGCUGCAGAUUCACAGCUUGCUUUCUGUCUUUGCAGUACCAUUUCACACCACAGGCAAAGCAAAAGGGUAAAGUCACAAAUACAUUAUAACAGAUGUGCUUGAAAUAUUAUGAAUAAUUUAAUCAUGAGUUGUGGUGCAGCAGAGUUGUGCCUCUGAAUGCCAACAUGUCACUUCCCUCCUGCCAACAUGAGGAAGGUAUAAUCCUGAAAACAGUUUUGGUGUUCUGCAAAUCACCUGAACCCAAACUGGAUUUAACGUGAAUAAUCCACCGUUAAUCACGUUAUCCAUUGUGGAUUUACUUAGGAUUUCCUGGCUUACCUCGAUGUUAGCGUUGCAAUAAAACUACGAAUAAAUGUCUCAUCAUGUCCCAACAUUUUAACAACACUAACAACAUUGGCAUUAAGCGUUAGGCAUCAUUUUAGUCGCUAAUGCAAACCAUACUAACAUUUCAACCCUUAAACUCAGAGAAAUGUUUCCAAGAAAAGCCAACCACGUCAAUUUGUCAGAGUGACAUUUAAACAAUUACUUGCAAGGUAAUUUACAAUAUUGCAUAACAAAAAUUGGAUUGAACGUGCAUUGUAACUUGCAGAUACAACUCUAAAAGGUGAAACCCAAAGUCUCUGGUAACAACGGAGAAGGAUGUUGCCGUUUCAAAGAGGGAAGCAUGCAUACAUUUCAGAUUUAUAAACACCUUAUUGACGCUGAUCUGGAGUCAGUUGAGGCUCUUUUUCUGCUGUGGGAUGAAAUAAUAAUAAAGUACUUUCGCCGUAAUGCUGAAUCAUUGUAAAAGCUGAACACAUAGAUGGUCAUAAAAUAAAGUAAGUGUAAGUGAGUGCCAAAAUAAAAUGGUCAGAUGUGAAUCAACA